AUGAAAUUGAUAUCAACUGGUAGUAAUACCAACGACGCAACCAAGACUGUGGCUUUAAAUUCGGAAUUGCCAAUUGUCAACCCGAUUGUACAGCAUCUGGCAGCAGGAAAGCCACCAGCACCUAAUAGUACUAAUAAGCCUUGUGUGGCAAAAACAACGAAAUCAUCCCGGUUAAAACAAGAUGUGUCAACACAACUCUCGUCGCCUUCCUCUAAAACAGCAUCCGGCUUGCAAAGUGCCUCUGUAACUGCAUUCUCGGUACCAUCAAGCACGUCUGCGCCAUCCGUUUCUUCUGUCUCUUCAUCGUCCACUUCGACAUCUCCGGCAUUGAACGCAUUCUACAUAGGCUUGCCAGUGCUCAUACUCUUUGGCCUCUUCUUUAGCAUUUUUCUACGUGUAUACCGUAAGCGUAGGUCUUUACAGCGUGCUUUAUCAACAGAGCGUCUACGCACGACCAGAUCUCCAUCCGAUGCGUCUAUCAAAUCCUGUAGAUCCGGAAAACCUUUCCUUAAAUUUGAAAUGAUGACCGACUCGUUGCAGAGGGCCGCAGAUGGAAAAGUAAUUGAUAAUGUAAGGGUUCUUCCAAUGGCUCACCACAAAGAAUCAAAAGUUGCGGGAAGAAAGAUGAAUGAAGAUUUGACAUCUUCAAGGAAAGACAAUGUAAUAGUGAUAGUCGAACGAAUUGAAGAAGAGCCAUAA